AUGACGCCUGUCGAUACUGAACAAAAAACGGUCGCAUCUGAAAUCGAGGCUUUUAAGGAAAAAAACAUAACAAUCUCCGGUAUUAGAGAAGCAAAGAAGGGAUCUGAAAUUGAGGCUAAACGUGACGUUACCAUAGCAAACGAGAUAAUUGAGAAAGGACAAAAUGAUCCUAUAACCGAGGCUCCAUCAAGUAUGGACACAUCAACUGCAAGUACAAUAUCAGUGACACACAGUCCUGAAACCGAGGCUCCCUCUGGUGUGUACACAUCAACGGCAAGUACAAUAUCAGUGACACACAGUCCUGAAACCGAGGCUCCGUCUAGUGUGGUCACGUCAACUGUAAAUACAAAAUCAGUGACACACAGUCCUGAAACCGAGGCUCCGUCUAGUGUGGUCACGUCAACUGUAAAUACAAAAUCAGUGACACACACUCCUGAAACCGAGGCUCCGUCAAGUGUGGUCACGUCAACUGUAAAUACAAAAUCAGUGACACACAGUCCUGAAACCGAGGCUCCGUCAAGUGUGUACUCAUCAACGGCAAGUACAAAAUCAGUGACACACAGUCCUGAAACCGAGGCUCCGUUUAGUGUGGACACGUCAACUGUAAAUACAAAAUCAGUGACACACAGUCCUGAAACCGAUGCGUUGACAGAUGCUGACCCGACAACCUCCGGAAAAGUUACUGUUAAUGAAGUCUCCAGUGCAACAACCACCAUAACUGAAACCUUUACUUCCGGUUCAGAUGGCAAAACAACGCAAUCUGUAGGUGAUGAAAACACAACUUCCGGAAGUAUAAGUAAAAAUCCAUAUAAUUUACAAACAAGCGUUACCUCGCAAGGAAAUACAAGCACCGAUACUUUAAUGAAUACAGGUGCAGCAGCAACUGAUAAUACUGUGAAAACCGUAACGGAAAUACUCACUACUGACACGCCAUGUCCUAGAUUUCCUAGCCGAAUGGAGCAGGGGAAACUGUUUAUCAGUUAUGUAGAAAAUCGAUGUGAAAUGGUUGUUACCAUGGACACGGAAGUUGUGACGCCACUAACAAUUCUACAGUUGUUUAAGGAUAAAAACAGUAAAUUGGAAAUUCAGAAAGUUACAAAUUCAUCAGAUUUAGAAGAAGAAAAAGACACGCCAAGACACAAGUUUAUCCCUGUCUAUCAAUAUAUGGAUGAUGGUCAAAACCUGGAAGUUGCUACAGAAAGUCGGUAA